AUGAACCGCAUCACCGUGUUCGAGCGCGCCGACUUCGAGGGGCUGAGCCGCGAGUUCAGCUGCGAUGUGCCCGACCUGCACGAGCUCGACUUCGGCGACUGCAUCGCCUCGCUCAAGGUGCUGGGGCAGCCCUGGGUGGCCUACACGGGCGCCAAGUACGAGGGGGAGGCGCACGUCUUCGAGGAGGGCGAGCACCCGGCCGUGGGGCGCCCGCGCAGCUUCUCCUCGCUGCGCCUCGUGCACCACGACCUCUGCGAGCCGCAGAUCACCCUCUACGAGCGGCCCCAUUUCCAGGGCGCCCGCAAGGUGGUCACCGAAGAGACCAACCUGGCCUACGGCUACUUCAACGACCGCGUGGGCUCGCACGAGGUGCAGCGCGGCGUGUGGGAGCUGUCGCAGCACCCCGGCGGCGGCGGGCGCCGCUGCCUCGCGUGGCCCGGCGAGCGCCUGGCGCGCUACGAGCCCGAGCAGGGCCUGCAAGGGCGGCUCUCGCACCUGCGCCCGCUGCGCCCGGGCCGCCCGCUCGUGGCCGCGCGGCUCCUCUGGGAGCAGCGGCGCGUGGAGGACGAGCGCGAGGUGCUGCUGGACGAGAUCGUGGCGGUGAACGAGACGUGGCGGGAGCAGGCGCUGGCGGCCAGCAGCGCGCGCGAGUACGGCACGGCGCUCUGGCAGAGCUUCCACUUCAGCAAUGCCACCAGCCUCAAGGCCGGGCUCUCCUUCACGCUGGCCGUGGAGGCGGCCAACGUGUUCACGGUGCACAAGGGGCGCAGCGAGAGCAGCACGCGGCGCGAGCGGGUGGCCGUGCAGCUGCCGGCCGCCGUGCCGCCGCGCGCCGUGCUCCGCGUGCACGUGCUGCGCCGCGAGGUCACCUUCUCCGUGCCCGUGCUGCUCACGGUGACGCAGAACGAGGCCGUGCGCACCGAGAUGGGCGAGUACCGCAGCGUGUCGGGCACGCACGUCUGCGCGCGCUACAGCGUGAAGCCGCUGCCGGAGCCGGGCGCGCGGCCGGCGGGCGCUGCGGGGGACGAGGAGGACGACAGAACACUACAGGCGGCCGCUGCGGGGGACAAGGAGACACAACAGGCGUCCACUGUGAGGGACAAGGAGGCCAAGCGGACACAACAGGCGGCUGCUGCGGGGGACAAGGAGGACGAGGGGACACAACGGGUGUCCACUCUGGGGGACAAGGAGGCCGAGGGCACCCAGCAGGCACCUGCCGUGGGGCACCGGGGGACUCAGGACACCCACGCGGUGCCCACUGCAGCGAUCAAGGAGAUCAAGGGGAGACAGCGGUUGUCUGACACAGGGGACAAGGAGACUCGGGAGACCCAGGCGGCGCCCGCUGCGGAGGACAAGGAGGCCGCGGGGACGGUGCAGGCUGUGGAGUAA